GUCCGAAAUCAAAGUGCCCAAACUUUGGUCCAAAAUCAGUAGCCAAUUUAGUUAAUCCAAAAUCAAAGAGCCCAACCUUUGGUCCAAAAUCAAUACCCCAAUUCCCUUCGUCUUCUCCUCCUCCGGUUCUGCGGUCCUUCCGUCGCCAGCUCCGACUCCCUCGAGUUUAACAGCUUAGAUUGCCGUCGAAUUUCAUCCGAAGCUUUCACUCGCUCUUUCCUGCUUGUAUUUGGUGGGAGAGAAUCCUCCAUGGGGGUUUCAUCAGAGACCAGGUUCUUGCAGGAACUGGUACUCUACGCUGCCAGUGCGGCUUUAAGUUGCUUGGUAUUAUUCGCAGGUCUUCGACAUCUUGACCCCAAUCGCGAGGCUUCAAAGAAAGCUCUUGAGCACAAGAAAGAGAUAGCCAAGCGCUUGGGCCGCCCACUCAUUCAGACUAACCCUUAUGAGGAUGUCAUUGCCUGUGAUGUUAUAAAUCCUGAUCAUAUUGGUGUGCAAUUUGACUCUAUUGGAGGAUUGGAGACUAUCAAACAAGCAUUAUAUGAACUUGUGAUACUUCCUCUAAGGAGACCUGAGUUAUUUUCACACGGGAAGCUUUUAGGUCCCCAGAAAGGCGUAUUGCUUUAUGGGCCACCUGGUACAGGAAAAACCAUGCUUGCAAAAGCUAUUGCAAAGGAGUCUGGAGCAGUUUUUAUUAACGUUAGGAUUUCAAAUCUGAUGAGCAAGUGGUUUGGUGAUGCACAGAAGCUUGUGGCUGCUGUGUUUAGCUUGGCUCAUAAACUUCAGCCUUCUAUUAUUUUUAUUGAUGAGGUCGACAGUUUCUUGAGUCAACGACGCUCUAGUGAUCAUGAAGCUUUAUCAAACAUGAAAACUGAGUUCAUGGCUUUAUGGGAUGGAUUUACCACAGAUCAGAAUGCACGUGUUAUGGUCCUUGCUGCUACCAAUCGUCCAUCAGAACUUGAUGAAGCAAUUCUAAGAAGACUUCCUCAGGCUUUUGAAAUUGGGGUACCCAACAAAAGGGAGAGGGCUGAGAUACUAAAUGUGAUUCUGAAGGGUGAGAGGGUUGAAGACAUCAUUGACUAUGAUCACAUAGCUAGCUUGUGCGAGGGGUACACUGGUUCAGAUCUUCUCGAGCUCUGCAAGAAAGCUGCAUACUUCCCAAUCAGGGAUCUUUUGGAUGAAGAAAAAAUUGGAAAACAAUCUAAUUCCCCGAGGCCACUGUCACAGUCAGAUAUGGAGUCCGCUCUCAUCUCAUCAAGGAAGACAAAGGUUGUUGCUAGCGAGUAUGCUGGAUUAGGGUCGCUUCGGACAGAGAGCAGUGAUCCCCGGAUUCAAGCAGUUUUGAGCGAACUCUCUAAGUUUGGCAUUUCCCUACCGAAUGUUGGAUCAGAAGACGAUGACCCUUGAGAGAUAUCCGGACUUCACUCCAUGUUGGUGCAGGAAAAAGACCACCCAUGGAGAGUGGGAGAGAUUUGUGUUUCAUUUAUCACUGUAACGCCAUCGUUUUAACAUUGAUGGUUCUAUAAUUGUUGUAGGGAAAUCUUGUCGAUGAGUUUGAGUAGAUGAGUUUUGGAAUAUACAUACAAAUGUUUCCACUAUUUUAAACAUUGAUGGUUCUAUAAUUGUUAUGGGGAAACCUAUUCAACCUUCAGCA